AUGGCAGAAAAAGACGACUUGGGGCUCGAUAAACCUCUAAAAUUGGGCAAGGUUCUGAAGAUCCCCAAAAUCACAGAUGAGUUGAUCUUCGAUCCUGUAAGAGGAAUUCCUCAAAUCUCGAAAAACUAUAGGAAGCUCUCCAGGAUGAUCAAGAAGGACGAUAAAAGGCUACACGAGAAGCUCAGGAACGAGAAAUCCAAGCUGGCAGCAAGGCGGAUGAAAGUUGAUGCGGAAGUUGAAAAUUUGGGCAGCAUCGUCCAAUUCUACCAGUUCUGGUGCCACGGAUUCUUUCCUAGAGCCAACUUCAAUGAUUGCAUUCGGAUGCUUCGGACAUAUAAAUCUGCUAAACUAAAAGAGUACAGAAGAGGACUCAUAGAGCAUGAAAUACAUAAACUCAAGGUUGCCAAGGGAAUCAUCACGGAAGGCGACGAGCAAGAAGAUGGUGGAAUACAAGCUGACGAUGACGAUGAUUUGUAUACUGGCCCCGAUGUGACAGACAACGGAGUCCCUAGCAGCUCUUCAAAGCAGCCAGCUGAGACACUGGACCUAGAAGAGGAUGAUGGCGACUGGGACUUCAUGAAUGUGAACCUGAAGAGCUCCAACGGUCUCUUUAUAGGAGACGACGAUGACGACUUAGCGAUUGAAAGACCGAAGAAUCCCUUCCAGGACGAGGAAAUUCCUCCGGAGCAUGAUAUCGAAGAUGAUCAUGAGGCAGAACUAGAAGCCAUGAGAUCCAUGGGAAUGUAA